CACAACUUUCAGGAAACAAGUGUGAAAGUAAAUCUUCAUAUCAAAGCUGGGCAAUUUGCGGACUCCCUGACCGACACGGACCCUUGGGUGGCACAAACGCGGAGAUGGAGUCGAGUGCUUACGGAGCAUCGCUGGCCGGGGGAGCCUUUGAUUUCUGGAGCUUCAUAAAACAAACGCAAACUAUCGUCCGGCUGUUCUGUUGGCUCUUCUCCAUUGUGGUAUUUGCUACCAUCAUCAAUGAGGGCUACACAAAUCAUCAUGGAGGUGAUGACACUAAAUGCAUGUUCAAUGAGAGCGACAGCGCUUGUAACUAUGCGAUCGGUAUUGGAAUUUUGGCUUUCCUGGCCAGCGUCGCGUUUAUUGUGCUGGAUGCCUACUUCCCCCAGAUCAGCAAUGCCAAAGACAGAAAAUACAUCGUCUUGGGUGAUCUUGUUUUCUCUGGUGUGUGGACGUUUCUGUGGUUUGUGUGUUUCUGUGUCCUGGCCAAUUUGUGGUCAAAAACGAAGGCUGAAACAUUGCUCGUCCCAGCAGAUGCCGCUCGAGCAGUCGUGGCCUUCGCCUUCUUCUCCACGGCCACCUGGGCUCUGCUUACCGUGCUCGCAUUUCGACGAUACCGCCUGGGAAUGGAUGAAAUUGGCAUAGGAUACAAUGACCCGACCACUGACCACACGUCUCCAUACCCGUCUUCGUCAUACCCAGGUGGUCCUGAUGGUUACCAGCAGUCCCCCUUCACCCCCACUACAGUGGGAGAGGGAGCAUAUCAGCCUCCUGCUUACUGAUUUCAACACUUCCAUAGGCUCGCUUGUGUGGACCCAUCCACACGCUCCGCUCGCCUUUUUCAUGUUUCCAUAAGAGUUUAAGUUGUGACCUGGGGUUGACACUUGGUGUGCUUUACUAGUAUGUAUCUUUGUGUUGGAGAAAGUUAUUUAUUUUUAUUUCGCUUGGAUGUAAACAUCCUGGGUGCAAAUCGUCUCAAUGCUUUGGCUACGCUCUGAAAAAAUGCUGGGUUGUGUCAACCCAAUGUUUGGUCAAAUAUGGAUUAAUUUAUGUUGAAUUUAAAUUUAACUGUUGGGUUUGUCCAUAUUUGCGCCAGCGUUGGGUUAAAAGUAAAAAAUAUUGACUCAACCUAAAAUUUUAGCUCAACUUGCUCAACUUAAAUCGAGUCAAGAACAGUACUCGGGUUAAAAGUUGAGUCAACUCAAAAGUAGCUGCGCAGCAAGUUGCCUUACAAUUUUAAGUUGAGUUAACUUUUUAUUUUACAGUGUACCCCACAUUUCUUUGACUCAGCUUAAAAUUGUGAGUCAACUUGCUCAACUUAAAUCGAAUCAAGUACAGUACUUCGGUUAAGAGUUGAAUCAAUUUAAAAAUAGCUGUGCAGCAAGUUGCCUUACCAUUUUAAGUUGAGUUAUUUACAGUGAGUUAUUUACAGUUAUUUGAGUUUAUUUUACAGUGUACUUCACAUUUCUUUGACUCAACUUAAAAUUGUAAUUGCUCAACUUAAAUCGAGUCAAUCGUAGUACCUUGGUUAAAAAGUUGAGUCAACUUAAAAUUAGCUGCGCAGCAAUUUGACUUACAAUUUUAAGUUGUCAACAUUUCUUUUACUGUGUACUUUGCUUUUUUUGACUCAACUUUAAAUUGUAAGGUAACUUGGUCAACUUAAAUUGACCUAAGUGCAGUUAAGUUGAGUCAACUCACAAAUAGCUGUGCAGCAAGUUACAAUUUUAAGUUGAGUCAACUUUUUUAUAGUGUACCCCACAUUUUUUAACUCAACUUAAAACUUUAAUUCAACUUGUUCAUCUUAAAUCGAGCCAGUUGCAGUACUUGGGUUAAAAGUUGAGUCAACUCAAAAAAAUAGCUGUGCAGCAAGUUGCCUUACAAUUUUAAGUUAAGUCAACUUUUUAUUUUACUGUGUACUCCACAUUUUUUAUUCAACUUAAAAUUGUAAGUCAAUUUAAAUCGGCUCAAGUACAGAACUUGAUUUAAAAGAUGGGUCAACUCAAAAGUAGCUGUGCAGCAAGUUGCCUUACAAUUUUAAGUUGAGUCAACUUUUUAUUUUUCUGUGUAUCCCACAUUUUUUGACUCAACUUAAAAUUGUAAGUAAACUUAAAUCGAGUCAAGUGCAGUACUUGGGUUAAAAGUUGAGUCAACUCAAAAAUAGCUGUGCAGCAAGUUGUCUUAAUUUUUUAAGUUGAGUGAACUUUUUAUUUUACAGUCUACCCCACAUUUUCUUGACUCAACUUAAAAUUGUAAGUCAACUUGUUCAACUUAAAUCUAGUCAAGCGCAGUACUUGGGUUAAGAGUCGAGUGAACUCAAAAAUAGCUGCACAGCAAUUUGGCUUACAAUUUUAAGUUGAGUCAACUUUUUUUUUUUUUUUUUUUUUUUACAGUGUACCCCACAUUUUUUUUACAGUGUAGACUUUUUUCACUCCCACAAAUUAUUCUAGCAGAUAUUUUCAACACCAGCAGUUUUUUUUCUUUGCAUUUGACAUAGGUUGAUCAAUUCCAAUGGUUUCCCUAAAGGUACACUGUAAAAUGUACCUUAUUACUAGCAAUUCUGGUUGCCAGUAAUGCUGUAAAAUUUACAUGUGCACAGUAAAUAAACAAUUGCAAUUGUGCUAUAGUUUUACAGCACAAUUGUAAUUGUGCAUUUAUAGUGUGCUUAUACAUUUUAAAGUAUUACUGACAACCAAAGUUUCCAGUAAUAUUGUAUAUUUUACAGCAUUUUUUUAGUGUAGGUUUGUUUUUAUACUAAUAUAGCCUUUAGGAAAUAAAUCAAAACAAUAGGAAAGUGAACAGAAUGCCAUACCAUAAUGCCAUGAUUCCUUACAAUCUCUGCACUGCCAUAUAUAUCAAAUUUGAAAUAUUUAUGCACUAAAUCCGCCAAAUAGCUUGAUAAACUUACUCAGCUGGAGUGGUUAACUGAUAAAGAGUUUGAUGCUGUUAGGUGUGAAAUGAACCGAUUAACUACUGUAAACUUAUGCUUUAUUUUUCUUUAUUUGUGACAGACGAUAGGCUUUGUGUGGAAAAGCCUAAUUUUUGAAGUGUUAAACAAUCAUUUAAUGCAAUGUUGUUGACGACUUACAGAAGUUUACUUUAGAUUUAUGUGUUCUCGAUGCUCGGCCAAAUUCACUGCAAGAUUUCUACCUCUUGAAAAUCGUGCCUUAUUUUGAAAUUAAUAGUUAGGGAUUGAGUUAAUGACUUCUAUUCGUAUUAACGUAUUUGUGUGUUGACAAUUUUAGACCACUUUUACUGAUUUUGUUUCAAAUAAAAUAAAAAAAAGAAAGAUUAGAUUAAUAGAUAAUCCAUCUAUAUUGGCCACUGUUUUCUUCCUCUCCUGAUGGAUGUUUUGUUAAAGGUAGAGAAAUGUUCUCUAUUCUCACAGCUCUGUUAUAUCACAUAAUUGCUGUCCUUCUGUUCAUUUACUUUGUAACAACAGUUAUUGCACCAAUGUCUUUUUUUUUUAAAAGAAGUACUGAGCAAUAAACACUUGAUUCUUUCCA